GUCUUCUUCUUCUUCUUCUUUUUUUUUCGUAAAAAUUCUUCUUCUUCUUCUUCUUCUCCGAGCUCCGUCCGAGCAGAGAAGAAGAGUAAGGUAAGUUUUAGAGUGCACUUGUGUGGCACUCUCAUUUCUUAUCCUGCGCCUCUUACGAUUUCUUAUGGUGCGCUUCUCCGACUAGUUUCGGUGUCUAAUGGACUCUUCCUCUUCUUCUCUAUCUCUCCAAGAAAAAAUCUCUUCUGGUUAUUUCUAGGGUUUCGUUGGUUCUUUUUUCGAAAUGCUUUGGAUAACGAGAUUUGCUGGAUUAUUCUCCGCCGCGAUGGCAGUGAUCGUGUUAUCUCCGUCGCUUCAGUCAUUUCCUCCGGCGGCGGCAAUCCGUUCUUCUCCAUCACCGAUCUUCAGAAAAGCUCCAGCGGUGUUCAACAACGGCGACGAAUGUCUCUCCUCCGGCGGCGUCUGCAAUCCGUCGUUGGUCCACGUGGCGAUCACGUUAGACGUAGAGUACCUGCGUGGCUCAAUCGCAGCCGUUAACUCGAUCCUUCAGCACUCGGUGUGUCCAGAGAGCGUCUUCUUCCACUUCAUCGCCGUCUCCGAGGAAACAAACCUGUUGGAGUCGCUGGUGAGAUCGGUUUUCCCGAGACUGAAAUUCAAUAUUUACGAUUUUGCCCCUGAGACAGUUCGUGGUUUGAUUUCUUCUUCCGUGAGACAAGCUCUCGAGCAGCCUCUGAACUACGCUAGAAGCUACUUAGCGGAUCUGCUGGAGCCUUGUGUUAACCGUGUCAUAUACUUGGAUUCGGAUCUUGUCGUCGUCGAUGACAUCGCUAAGCUUUGGAAAACUAGCCUAGGCUCGAGGAUAAUCGGAGCUCCGGAGUAUUGUCACGCGAAUUUCACGAAAUACUUCACCGGAGGAUUCUGGUCGGAGGAGAGAUUCUCCGGUACCUUUAGAGGGAGGAAGCCAUGUUACUUCAACACAGGUGUGAUGGUGAUAGAUCUUAAGAAAUGGAGAAGAGGUGGUUACACGAAACGUAUCGAGAAAUGGAUGGAGAUUCAGAGAAGAGAGAGGAUUUACGAACUAGGCUCGCUUCCACCGUUUCUUCUAGUUUUCUCCGGUCACGUGGCUCCCAUCUCUCACCGGUGGAACCAGCAUGGACUUGGUGGUGACAAUGUUAGAGGUAGCUGUCGUGAUUUGCAUCCUGGUCCUGUGAGUUUGCUGCAUUGGUCUGGUAGUGGCAAGCCCUGGAUAAGACUCGAUUCCAAACGGCCUUGUCCCUUAGACGCAUUAUGGACGCCUUACGACUUGUAUCGACAUUCGCAUUGACGUUUCAGGUAUAGAAAAUUCUCAAACUUUACUUUUAACUUAAUAGCUACUUAUUAUGUUUUAGUUUGUUCAUCAGUACUUGUAGCACUAGAUUCUUGUGUGUUGUUAGUUAGUACUUAGUACUAGUAGUAUCAUUAGCGAAAAGAGACUCUCUUCAUCAUCACUAUUAACACAGCUAAUUAGAGUUGCAAGAAUUGGUUACUCUUUUGGUUCUUGUGUUUGGUAUCUAAAAUAUGUGUCCCACGUUCUCUUUUGUUCUUUAUAAAAUAUGUCUGAAAGCAAAGGGGACCGAUUCUUUUUUUUCGGACCCCAUUGUAGAGGUGACAAUGGCUCUUGCAAUCCAACUAUUGAUUGGCUUGAGCCAGCUGGGUUAUGUUCUAAUCACAUGUGGGUCUGAUUUCUUUUUUGGUUUUUCUAAAGUAUCUGAUUCCAUUAGAUAGUUACAUUUUUUUUUAAGAAAUUUUAUUUGUAGCGUCAUAUAAAACAUAAAACUAAGCCGGGAAAACGUAUGUAAUUUUAUUAUUUUUAAAAUUUACUAUGACAAAAAAACGGAAAUGCAAAUUAAGCUUAGGGAUUCGGUUAUCCAUUUGGUUUAGGUUCGUAUCCAUUCGGUUAUCGGUUUUUUCGGUUCUAAAAUUUAGUAUCCAUUCGGUUAUUUUGAAGUUUCGGUUCGGUCCCUGUUCUUUUGGAUUUAAAAUUCAAUAUCCAUUCGGUUAUUUUGUUUUGAAUAUUUUCAGAUAGCUCAGUUAUUUUUGACAUUUUCAAAUAUUUUCAGUUAUUUUUAGUACUUUUACUAUUUUAAAUAUAUUUUUAAGUAUUUUUAAUUAUUUAAUCUAAAAAUAACAUUUUGGAUUUUUUUAUUAUCCAAAAUAUUUUAAGUUAUAUCCAUUCGGUUUCGGUUCUUUCGGUUAGAGAAUUUAAUAUCCGUUCGAUUAUUUUCAAAUUUUUGAUUCAGUUCGUUUCAGUCUUUUGCAUUGAUUCGGUACAUUCGGUUUGGUUUAUUUGUCCAUGUCUAAUAUUAUUUUUGAAAGCAGCGAAUGGUGGUGCUAUAUGA